AUGGCUCUCUCGGCACGCGUCACGGACGUUCCAAGCCAUGUGGUCUCUGCGGCAGCCAGGGCGCCGCUGCCGGUCCCCCACGCGGUGCAUGCGCCGCGUGGGGAGGUGCGCCUGUGCGUCGCCGUCCCCAUGGCUGCGGCUGGCGAGUACACCCAGCAGUAUGAGACGCUGGAGCUUAUGCCCGAGGAGGCGAUCAAGGGCCUCAAGCUCCGCAUGCUCAACCGCGGCUUCAAGCGGCCGCUGGGCACGGGCGCCUCCUGCCUGGUCUUCGGCGAGCUGGACGAGCGCGUCCGCGCCGGCCUCGUCAGCGCGUCGAGCGCCGCCGCCGCCGCCGGCAGCGACUGGCUCCACAUCUUCGCGCCCGCGGCGUCAGUCGAGUCCGUCUCGGUCCGCACGCUGAUGCGCGAGGUGUCGCUCAGCAACGCCGCCGCCGAGGCGGCGCCCGCGGCCGACGCGGCGGCGAUGCUGGACGCGCUCCCGCUGGUCGCGGCGGCGCCGCGCGCGGGCGCGGGCGCAGAUGGCAGCGGCGUUGCGGCGGCCGCCGCUGUCGGCGCGGCCGUGGUCCACCUUCUGGUACACAAGUCCGCGCGCGUGGCAUGGCGCCACACUGGCGGCCCCAACGACACGUUUGAGCUCAGCAUCAGCGCGCCCGGCGACAACACCAAGGACCUCAUGCGCAAGAUCGAGGACGUCACGGGCCUGUCGGUCCGCGACGGCCAGCACCAGCUCGUCUACGGCACGCAGGUGCUUGACGCGGGCCGCCCGCUGGCGUCCUACGGCAUCGGCAAGGGGUCGGUCCUGAAGCUCGUCCCCGUCGAGCCGCCGGCCGCCGACGGCGGCGCGCCCGGCGCCGCCGGCGCCGCGGCCGGCGGCGUGCUGCCCGACGGCAGCCCGCGGCUGGCGAGCCCGACGCACGAGCUGCACGGGCACUGGCAGCGGGCGCGCGCGGGCCUGCAGGAGGGCCAUGCGCCGAGCCUGGCGUCUGCGGGGACGGGUGCGCGGCCCGCCCUCUGGGGCUGCUUUGCCGGCCUUGCCUGCGCUUGA